AUGCGCAGCGGUUACAAAGUCUUCCUCGCUAUCACGCAGAUAUUUCUUUUACAGCCAAAUAAUCAGGGACCCGGCUCUCCGAUCUCGGUCUACAAUUUACCGGAUCAAUUUGACAGCGCUCUAACCUUAGUCUGGGCUGAUGGAGCCAAUGGUAAUGGAACACCCUCUGCGGAACGUGCUGAAUACUGCCAGAAUAGUGCGCGCCGCUGCUCAAAAGGAUCCGCUACGCCUCGCAGUCCUGAUCCGUUAUCCCGCCGGGCGUUGCGGAGGACUUUGACACCCGUUCGCCUUGACCGGACCAUCGUGUUCACCACUCAUUUCUUGGACGAAGCUGAUCUGUUGGCCGAUAACAUAGCCAUUUUGGCUGCGCCCGGCUAGCUGGUAGCCGAGGGCAAUCCCGUUGCUCUCAAGUCAAACCUUGGGCAGGGAUACAGCGUCCAAGUCGUGUUCAACUCCUUGAUUUGGCUGAGAAGGACCUUCCAAA